UGAAAAUAUGUUAUAAAAGAGCAACCUUUAGAGCAAUAUAAAGGUGUAGAUUCAGAAAUCUAUAUAGAUAAUCUGUUAACCGAUUCUCUUUUUCAAAUCUGUUACUUGACAAUGAAAUUGCUAUUUCUACAAUAUAUCUCCUCUAUCUAAUUUCUAAUCCUAUUGCUUUACAAAGUCUCAUUCAUUCAAGAAUGUGUGCUAUGAUACUACUCGUGAUCUUCUUAAGUGGGAAGCAAGAUCUACAAACACAUCCUCUUUGUAUGGUAUUGUGAGACCACCUAGCGGAUGAUCAAAGCCAAACUCUUCUUCAGCCUAAGCUAACAAAUCUUGAAAUAGCUGGCUCAAGUAAUAGACUGGCACGACAAAUCUCUUCUUCUGGCUCUCUUAUACGUAUACUGCACAAUGUCCUUUCGGAAUACCUUCAUAUGUUGAGGACCUCCUUAAGAACCGACUAGCUUGAACAAAUGGAGGUACUUUGAUACCCGUUGUCUCAACGAUUAUUAUCUAAUACUAAAUGAUGAAGGAAAAGAAAGCAAAAAAAAAAACUUGGAGGAUCACAGAUAAAUUGAAAGUUCUUUGAGUAUCAAGAUACUUGUGUUCUGCUGAAAUGUUUGGCUCUGAUUAUAUAUAAAUUUAUGACAAGUUUCAUAUCCAAAUGUUUAGUGGUUGAGAGAAAUUGGUGGAAACUGGAAAGACGACGGCACAUGAAAAAUUACAUGGUUUGCCUUCUCUGUUGUUGUUAAAGUAUUCAGAUCAUAAAUUUGUUAGAUGUACAAAAUUAGGCCCUACUACUUCUCAUGAUUUGGAACAAAAGAAGAAACCUUUACAGUGACAUCCACAAGAAAGGAUAAGUUGAUUAAUUAGGUUUGAAUGAAACCAGGACCACUUGGUUUAAAAAUAUGGUGGCAGAGAAAUGAAUAAAUUCACAACAACCAGCAAUCUCCAUAAGUCCUUAGGUCACAUAUCAAACCGCAUCACAUGAUUCUGUCUUAACCAUUCUGAAGGCUCAACAACUAUAUAUAAUCUCUUUCCAUGAGCCAUUUUGAUCAUCAAGCAGACAGCACUAUAUCAAUCUUUUAAAAUAUUAUCAACUUUUUCCAUUAUUUCAAAUAAAUCAACAUGAUCAGUGCUAAGAAACUCAUCAAGAUGGCAAGGAAAUGGCAGAAGUUCGCAGUGAAUCAGAGGAAGAGAAUUUCUUUUCCAAGAUCCAAUUUCAAUGAUGCAGAGAGUUGCAGCACAUCAUCUUCUAUAGUUGCUAAAGGGAAUUUUGUGGUGUAUACAAUCGAUCAGAAGCGAUUUGUGGUUCCGUUGGCUUAUCUUCAACACGAGGUAAUCAGACAACUGUUGCACAUGUCUGAAGAGUUUGGACUACCAAGUGAUGGCCCCAUCACGUUACCGUGUGAUGCUCUAUUCAUGAACUACAUUAUAUCACUCAUCAGAAGAGGUGUAUCUACAGAUUUUCAAAAUGCUUUGCUUGUAACAGUCGCUUCCAGUCGAUGCUCAUCAGCUUCAUAUCUAGAAGAACAAAGAAACCCGCAAUUGCUAGUUUGUUAAUCUAACUGUGAUAAAUUUUGUACCAUAAUACUCGAAGGUGUAUACAAUUUUCACAUCUAAAUUCUAAUCAGAAUUAAACUGCAUAUUUUGCCUUCAAA